AUGCAUCAAUACCCAGAAAUUCAAACCAAAGAUAUCCACAACUCGCUCAAGAAUUGGCAAAAUGCACGAAAAAUCCGAGUCUCUCAGAUCUGGAAAAUAGCCGCUGACGUAAUCCGCCUCCACCAUUUCCUUGCGCCAUUAAUUGGACCCAUGGUAAAUAAGGGAUCUGCAUACACAACCGAAGCAGAGGAACUCAACUCCCUGCCCCUUUCCCCGAAGUCAUUCACCGGUACAAUGCCGUAUACAUGCCAGGAGAACCUGGACCAUCCCGUCCAGGAGAAGUUCUGGCAGCGGGUGCUGUGGGGUCUUCCACUAUUCGGCAUGAUGUGGGUCGGGGCCAUUACAGUCGGGGCUACUAUACUCGCUGUAAGGCCGCAUAUGGAAGGGCUCCUAGAGCAGGGAAGUUGGACCGCCAGGACGGGUGAGGUGUUCAGCGUUCACAAGCCGAUAUACAAUAUCCGAUUUCUGGAUGAGAUCUUCGGACCUGUCGUCCUUUGCUUCCUUCCUUCGAUAACUGGAACAGAUCUACAAUCCUGGAUACAAAUGUUCUGCUUCAUUCCCGACUUCGGCGCUGUAUACGCCAUCUGGUUAUUGGAGGGAUAUCGAAAGGUCCAUUCUUGGUCUGCAGUACUCUUUCCAAUAAUAAUGGGCCAAGCUGCCCAGCUCCUCUCCGUCGCUAUCUUCGGUCCUCUCUACUACCUGCUCCAAUACCUACAGAUAUCUCUCGACGGAACAGCACCAAGCAACAACCGCGAGAUAGACCCGAUAUCAAUAUACAGCCUCCUCCCCGCCUUGCUGGCAGGACACUACAUCCCCGCAUACGCUAGCUUUCUCAUGCCAGAUCUCCAGAAAAGACAAUACUGGAAUGCAGCAUGGCAACUCUUCCCUCUAACAGUUCCCCUGCUUCAAAUCCCAGUCUCUCUAUCCCUAUCCCUACAAAGCAAGAUCAUAACGAAAGGGAAUACAAAUUCAGUCAAAGACCGCAUGGAGAAGAGGAAGAAGAGUCUAGCUGCAUUGCGAGUAGCGUAUGGCUCUUUAGCUGUGAUUUCAGCAACGGGGUUUAUCUAUGCACGUGUUACUGCGCCGGAGGGGUCUUCGAUGUUGGAUAUUUUCUGGCCAGGCGUGAGGGGGUAUGUGUUGGCUGGGGAUGUAUCGUUUGAAGAGGGGAUAGCGCGGUUUCUGCAGUAUGAUCAGAUUAGUUCGAUGGUAGCGGGAUUUUUAUGGCUAGGGUUGCGGUUUAGGGAGUUGGAGAGGUCUGGAGUUGAGUUUUCUUGGUUAGGGGGGGUGGUGCGCUUGGUGGGGGUUGUUUAUGGUUUUGGGCCUGGGACUGCGUUUGUGCUUGGGUGGGGAUGGAAACAGGAGUUACUUCAUCGGUUAGGGAUAGAAGAUCUUUGA